UGUUGACGCAGAAGCGCAGCAAAUAAAGUGCGCAGGCAGUGCAACGAUUAUUACGUUCGCAGGCCACUAAAAGUGAUGUAAAUAAUAAAUAAAACUCAAAACAUUAUAAACAAAGACUCGAUCUAGUACUUACUACGCGCGGUUCGUUUAAAAAGACUAAAAACCGUGUCGUGAUUUUUAUUAGCACCAUAGCAACCGCUCAGCGUGAAACUACGACACAAGUGACGGUCGAUUUAGUACAAUGAAUUCGUGAUAAUUUAUCAAAAUAAACAAAUUCAGGUGUUUGCUAGAGACAUUGUUGUUUACCAGAGCGCCGGAACUAGAGGCCCUUCGCGUAUUGGAUGAACAGAAAGGUAUGAAGUAUGAAGUUGAUGCGAGUGCCGAGAGAAAAGAACUGAGUUAUGGAGGGUGGCGGGCUCGAAGAGAGAGCGCGUGCCGCGAAGCAAUAGCGCGCGCGGCAGGUGACCGACGGUCUGCGCGGCUGAUGUGGGCGGCGGGUGCUUGCUGCUCGCGACAGGCAGGCGAGGGCGCAGGCGCCGCCACCACGGCGCGCACGCCGGUCAAGACCUUCCAAGCGUACCUGCCGCCUGCGCACAGGACUUACAGCUGUAUACACUGCCGCGCGCACCUGGCGAGCCAUGACGAGCUUAUCUCUAAGUCGUUUCAAGGCAGCCAGGGGCGCGCGUAUCUCUUCAAUUCAGUUGUGAACGUUGGCUGCGGGCCCGCGGAGGAGCGCGUCCUGCUCACGGGGCUGCACGCGGUCGCGGACAUCUACUGCGAAUGCUGCAAGACCAUGCUUGGCUGGAAAUAUGAACACGCGUUCGAAUCAAGUCAGAAAUACAAAGAGGGGAAGUUCAUAAUAGAACUGGCACACAUGGUGAAGGAGAACGGAUGGGACUAGGCGCGAUGGCGCGCGUGAUACGACUGGUGGGGAGCGAGUGGCGGUCAUGGAUCUUCUUGGACUGUGUCAAUCAUUGACCGAAGGCCUGACUCGCAACUCUGAAAUGCACCAAGAGUGUUCUUUUCGGCUAUAAACGAGGCCUGAGGCAUCAUGAGCCCGCGACGGCUUGAGCCUUCGUGAUGAAGUGGCUGGCGAGACCACUCGCCUUUUUAGGUUAUAUAGCCCCCACCAUUUUAAAAAGACAUAUCUCUAGAAUGGUGAAUCGACGAAUUCUAAAAGAUAUGUCUUUUUGAUGAAGGGAUAGAGCGUCAGAUCACGGAAGCGUAAAUCGGAAAGGUUCGAUAACUACUUAUUUUUAUCACACUAAUUAAUUACUAUUGGGAGAUUGAAACUUGCCGAUUUACACACCUGCGGCGGUCCGCGCGACAGUGAGGAUAUAGCCUUAUGUGCUCUUUUCAUACUAUAGUCGGCUUCUGCGCUUCAACACCGCCAGUCAUAUGUUAUCGUAAUAAUACAUAAGGUACCGAUCUCAACGGCCCCGAGCCCUGGGGCUAUCGGCUUAGAAUUUAUUCUAAUUUUAAUUUGAAAUGUUAAUUUCGGCCGAUUCGGCGCACGCGCCGGGCGUUUAGUACAUCGUAAGUUGUCUUAGUUUUUAUAUUACGUACUAUGCAUUGUACUAUUGAGAGAACACUAAUACUUUCUCUUGUCCCCUUUAACCUGUGAUAAGUAUGUUAGUAUAGAUUUUUUGAAUUUCUUGAUCGAUAUUUUUUCAAGAAGUUGCUCAGCGGUGUCAGAAGUGGUUCCUAAUGAUUUCAGCUGUACAAUUUGCUUCUUAUUUUGUGAGGAAACUAGUCGAAACGUUUAUUUUAUGGAAUACAAUUUCCAUUUUAUUUUACUUUGCGCCUGAUUUAGUGAUUUUUGUUUAGUUUUAGUUUGACAUUUCGACGGUUCCUCUUUUGCGUUUUUUUUUUUAAACGGUACAGUUGACUUUAUGUAUUUGAGAAAUUAGUUUUUAGUCGAUGAGAAGAAAUUCAAAUGACGUAUUUUGUAAGGAUGUUGGAUAGGAAUGGCGGACUGUUUUAUUAUUCAUUUAUUAUUAUCAUUGAAAUGUAUUGAUUAGAACCAUUUAUCCAUAUAUUUUAAUGCAUGGUACUUCAUUUGUAGAAGCAUAGAGUCUAUAAGGAAUAUACGCUUCGAAUGAAUCAGUUGCUGAGCCGAUCUGAUCGCCGAGAAUAUACGAGGACGUCCGACUUUGAUUAAAGAGUACCUACAUGUAUUCUUGACUUCUUUCUGUAGAAAUUGUCAAAGAUCGAAAUAAAAACAAUCACUGUGUAUAACAUUCAAGUCGUUUUAUAAAUCUGUGACAUGCAAUUUUCAUUGCAUCCUCAAAGUGACUCUUGGAUUAAGGAUGCAGUGGCGUAACUACAACUGGUGAUAAAUUCUUCAUAUUUGGAAAUUUCUACAUAAGAAUGUCAACUCGAGAAAUUUUGCCGUCGCAUACCAUUUAUCAGAGCGUUGAUAACUGCCACUAGUAUAUAUACGAUUGUAAUAUACAUAACUGUAAUAAUACAAAUUCAUCGUAAGUCUUAGUGACGCUGGUUUGAUGUAUAAGAUAUUUAUUUUUACAAUAACAUGUUGAAUUUAAAUGCUACAUUAAUCUCGGAUUUGUUUAGAUAAUAAGACGUUUGUCUGAUAUCGUUAUAGCCUUAACUGGUUUUGAUUGUUCAUCUACUUCUCACGUGGGUAUAUAAAAUACAAAAAAAUAAAAAACAUAUAAAAUAAUUCCAUUAAAAUAUGUGCUGCGUACGCGCAUGCAUAUGCCUUCAGUGUGCACGACAAUGCUGCAACCUCAAAAAAAUGUUUCUCUUUUUCCUGACACUGUAAAAUGCUAUUUAGGUCAAACCAAAUUAACUUGUAUAAAGCAUUGAUGUGGCAUUAAAUAUUUACAAGAACAGAAUAGCCUCCCCUAGCUGCUAUCUUGCAUCCAUUAUCAUAAUCAAGAUUUGCAAGUCUACUGUUUCAAUAGCAAUGCAGCCAUUUUCCUAUUCGUUCCCACACGAAGUUGUUUAUUUAACCGAGCUAACUUUUGAACCAAUAAUGGCUCUAUAACUGGCUAGGCUUCAUUACAAUGCGUGUACAUAAAAUAAACAUAUUUAUAUCUGGCGAUAGGAUCAUCAUGGUAUCUAUAAAAAAAAAACGAAAAAUAGACGUGGAAUCAAAACCGGCAAAAAGGCGUAUUUGUGACUGUGAGAUGAACUGUGUGACCAUAAUAACUUUACACCGAAGCUUUUAAAAGUAUAAAUUAUGUGAUGCGAAUAGAAAAAUAGAAAAAAAUGGGGUGUUAUUUUUGUAACAGUAGAUAUUUUUCCACUAUUCCACAAGCAAUGCAUUGUGAACAUUGAGAAUAUUGUCUAUAAUUUUAACAUUUACAUACCUACGCAAUACCGUCAACGGCCAAUUGAAUUUUGGCCAUGGGAUGUAUAGAUGUAAAAUAAAAUAUAUCGAAUCUAAAAUGUUAAAAUUAUAUAAAUAUUAACGUGAUUGAAAUCAAAAGCACCCCAUGUAUGCGCAAACGUCUUCAUAUAUCGAAAUAUAUUGAUAUUUUGAGUACCUACGUUUGUAUCACGUCGUUCUAUCAUAUUCAUUUAAUGUGGUAAGGUUAAUCGAUAAUACGCAUUACAAGUUCACUUGUCCGUAUAAUGUAAUCGUAUUAACUGUUAUCAUAGGUUUAAAAUGUUAAGAGUUAUGAUGCACAAUGUUCAGUGAAAAUUAUCGAAGAAUAAAUAACAAAUUCCAUUUCUCAUUCAAUAUUUCACAAAAUUAUAAAAGAAACCUUUAAUUUCUUUUUAGCAGAUCAUUACUUAGACGACCACAAGUAAUUACUUAAAAAUCGAUUAACGUAAUGAUAAGAAUAAGACACAUUAAGAUAACCAUAAAUUGCUUUGUGAUUGAUGUUUUAUCAAGUUUUAUUUUGUGCAAUAACAAGUUCACAUAAACAACUAAAUUGAUUUAUUGAUAGUCCGAACUCGUAUUAACAAUUAAAAUCUAUUACAUUUUCACCUUGAACAUUAUGCAACUAAAUCGAAAAUUAUUGAGAUUGUCACAGUAGUUUAGAUUUAACACUCUUAGACCUUUAUCUUUGACGCCGUUCAACAUGACACUAUAAUAAAUUUAAAAAAUGUGCGAGAAAAAAUACAUAUAAAAAAAACAAGCUAGAUUUCUGUGAGGCAUAAUUAAAAGUAUUUUUCUACUCGAUCGUUUAGGGAUGCUGUUAGAUAUUUUUGGACCAUUAUUAUGAUAAAAAUGAUCAGUAUUCGCUCGGAGGGAAGGUAAAGAGUAUAGUUAGUUUUGUUGGAUGUUGGUGACGUGGUUGUUGUGGAGAUUAGUGAUAAACGCUUUUCUAGUUCUAUAUAAAUGCACCCAUAAAGUUUAAAAGCAGUCAUGGCAUUUCUGAAUGGUGUUCAUUUUAUGUCGCUGAAGUAACAUUCCAUAAUACGUUUCAGAGACUGGAGUGGGAGAUUGUGAUUCGAUAUAGACUGUCGAAGCUUUUCGCAGUAAGCCAAACCAAUCACACAGUAUGGUAUUGUGAAACGAUGCGAAUGAACCAUGCAAAGUUUCAGUGUUUAUCGAUUUACACUCUAGCGCUACGGUCUUUGAUCAUCAAUCAAAACAUCUUAUUCAUCACCAAAGUCCACUAGUGGACAUACAUAAGACACGUCAUCUAAAUCAAUCAAUGCAUAUACAAUUCUAUUAUUUUUAUAAUUUAUCGCAGUCAUCGUAUUCUAAUUCAUCACAGUAUCGAGUUUGUAUCAAAAAUUCAUCGUAUAUUGUCUUAUUUUCUCAUAUUUAUCACUUCAAAAUCACGUCAUUAAAAACAUAUUUAACAUCAAUCAAAUCACAAAUAAACAUCUACCAAUGAUUAACAUCUAUUUACGGUUAUCAUUUUAUUGGAUAAGUUCACAAAAAUAAAUUUCAUUAUUAUUUCAUUACUGUCAUACACUAUUGGCGCCUAAAAAGCCAUCAUUCAUUCAUUGAUUUUGCCGCCUAAAUAAUCCUUCCAUUAAUUUCAUUCAUCAACCGCCAUCUUGGAAAUGCCAGGUCGAAAAUGGUCUUGGAGUGUUGUCUAUGACCGGGGAGAGCGUAUAUUUAAAAAAGGUGCAUUUUAUGUACAUUUCGCAUAUAAAUUAAGGUAUCCAGUUACAUGUUUACCGGAAACCGCUUAAUAUUUUUGUAUUUUCCUAGUAUGUAACGAAGCAUUAUACAUUUUGUGGUGUCUUCUAACGUGUAUGCAUUAUGCUAUAGAUGAGUAUUUCGUAAACAUUUGGUUGAAAUAAUAAGUGCGUAAUAAAACACUUUUCGUAUUAAAA